UCCGCCCAUUGACCCGGAACUGUUCUCGGUGGUGACCCAGGUCGCACGCUUUCGCCUCCGCGCCUGCGCGAUAGGGUGACUUGGAUGCCGGCGGUCCCUGCCGAAAGAGGGAAGAUGGCGCUUGAUGGGCCAGAGCAGAUGGAACUGGAAGAGGGGAAGGCCGGCAGUGGACUCCGUCAGUAUUACCUGUCCAAGAUUGAAGAGCUCCAAUUGAUUGUAAAUGAUAAGAGCCAGAAUCUCCGGAGAUUGCAGGCACAGAGGAAUGAGCUGAACGCAAAAGUUCGCCUGUUGCGGGAGGAGCUGCAGCUGUUGCAGGAACAGGGCUCCUAUGUUGGAGAAGUCGUGAGGGCCAUGGAUAAGAAAAAAGUGUUGGUCAAGGUCCAUCCUGAGGGCAAGUUUGUUGUUGAUGUAGACAAGAACAUCGAUAUCAAUGAUGUGACACCCAAUUGUCGGGUUGCUCUAAGAAAUGACAGCUACACUCUGCAUAAGAUCCUACCUAACAAGGUGGACCCUUUGGUGUCACUAAUGAUGGUGGAAAAGGUGCCAGACUCAACUUAUGAGAUGAUUGGCGGGCUGGACAAGCAGAUCAAGGAGAUCAAAGAAGUGAUCGAGCUGCCUGUGAAGCACCCUGAGCUCUUUGAAGCACUGGGCAUUGCACAGCCAAAGGGAGUCCUGCUGUAUGGACCCCCAGGCACUGGGAAGACAUUGUUGGCCCGUGCUGUGGCUCAUCAUACGGACUGUACCUUUAUUCGCGUCUCUGGCUCUGAACUGGUACAGAAAUUCAUUGGGGAAGGGGCAAGAAUGGUGAGGGAACUGUUUGUCAUGGCCCGAGAACAUGCUCCAUCCAUCAUCUUCAUGGACGAGAUUGACUCCAUUGGCUCUUCACGGCUGGAGGGAGGCUCUGGAGGUGACAGUGAAGUACAGCGCACAAUGCUGGAACUGCUCAACCAGCUGGAUGGCUUUGAGGCCACCAAGAAUAUCAAGGUUAUCAUGGCUACCAAUAGGAUUGAUAUCCUGGACUCUGCCCUGCUUCGUCCUGGGAGGAUUGACAGAAAAAUUGAAUUUCCACCCCCCAAUGAGGAGGCCCGGCUGGACAUUUUGAAAAUCCACUCUCGGAAAAUGAACUUGACCAGGGGGAUCAACCUGAGAAAAAUUGCUGAGUUGAUGCCUGGAGCUUCGGGGGCUGAAGUAAAGGGUGUGUGCACAGAAGCUGGCAUGUACGCUCUGCGGGAACGGCGUGUCCACGUUACUCAGGAGGACUUUGAGAUGGCGGUGGCCAAGGUCAUGCAAAAGGAUAGUGAGAAAAAUAUGUCCAUCAAGAAGCUAUGGAAGUGAGGGUAUGUCCUUUGUGUGGAUCCCUCAAAUAAAGGGUUAAGAACUGCUGAGUUAGAGGACCCUGCACCCCUCCCUGCAUGAAACCCUGGCCCCGUUUGUGAGCUUGGACAGCUGUCACCUGAUGAUCCAGCAUGAGCAGAAGGGUGCACUUGACAUUGAGAUCUCCUGGCCGUUUCACCUGGAAGCCAUCUGUUUCCUGCGUGGUGGGCAUCCGAUGCCACUGUCAGGCGAGAGAACAGCAGAGAUCAUCACUAGUAGAUGGGCUACAACACUCUACCAGCACACUGAUGUUAUGCUCUGUGUCCCCUGGCAGCUUGUCCCUCCCAGGCUCCAGAACCAUUCUUACCUCCACCAGAUGGUUGUCAGGCCCAUACAGUUCCUUGUCCAACUCAAUAACAAGGCUCUUAAAGAAUGAU